AGCCUCAAUCCAUUGACAUAUCUCGGUCACAACGGUCACAGCAUGAGCUUCAAGAACAAAGUGGUGCUGAUCACCGGUGGCAGCGCUGGCAUCGGAGCAGCCACCGCAGAACAAUUUGCUAAAGAAGGAGCCAGCGUCGCCAUCGUAGGUAGGAACGAGGCUGGACUGAAGGCGGUGGCGCAGCGAUGCGAGCAACACGGCAGCAAGACCCUCGUCAUCAAAGCAGACGUGACUGAUGAUGCACAGGCGCCAACUAUAAUCGAGAAGACGAUCAAGGCGUUCGGAAGACUGGAUAUCCUUGUGAACAACGCUGCCGUGCUGAAGAACACGACGCUCACAAGCCCAGACGUGAUGAAGACUUAUGACGAAGUGAUCAAUGUCAAUCUACGUGCAGUGAUUCACUUGACCAGCUUAGCAGCACCGCACCUGAUUAAGACCAAGGGGAACAUCAUCAACAUAUCCAGCGUACUCGGUAAGACGUAUGUGCAGACACCACGGCUGAUGAUGUACUGUCUCUCUAAGGCAGCGCUGAACCACUUCUCCCGUGGCGUGGCUCUGGAGUUGGCAGCUUCUGGCGUUCGAGUGAACAUUGUGAGUCCAGGUCCUGUGCGGACUCACAUGUUGGCGACCCUGGACAGUACUAAAAAGGUUGAUGACCAUACGGUACUUACUGCGUUACAAAGAAUUUUGGAACCUGAAGAAGUAGCUGAUGUGAUCUUGUUCCUGGCCAGUGAUAAAGCUAAAGGUGUUACAGGCUCUGAAUAUAGUGUAGAUAAUGGAGUGCUCAUAAACUUUUGAAAGUAGUUGGUGAAGAAAUAAUGUCAGUAGAUUAUUAGCAUUACGUGGAAAACAAGUGUUUAUUGGAUCUAUGUAUGUGUAUUCCAUCCAGCAUAUUAUAUUUUGCUUUCGUUUUUCGCUUUU